CGUAGCUGCAGCUCUGUGCACACUGCAACUGUUACACUCCAUUUCCAGAAUCACGUUCUUUCGGAACGGAUUCGUAUCUGUUUGUUAGUCUUCUUGAUUUUCGUUCACAUGUCGAUGUGUCUGGGGUCAUUCCCAUUUCGGCUCCUGCAGCGAAUUGCUCAAAACUGAAAUUAGCUUCACCUCUAUCAUGUUCAUGCCCUCAAAAAACAACUUGUUUAUUGGGUGGUCACCCUGCACCAUCUGCGUAGCUUUGUAUCUGUGAUUCGCAGCUUUGUCUGUGCUCCAUGUGGUCUCCGACAUCGACAACAGAGUGUUCAGUGCGUCCAAGUGCUGAACCCACCUUGAGGUGGGUUGCCUCGAGGAUUAGUGACAGAGCAGUCGUCACUAGUCUGCCGUGCACAACUAACACACAAGAAAUGGCAGCCUCUUGUUAGCCGAGCUCAUUCAUCUUGUUGGAAUCUUUAACCGUUACAUGACUUUGGGGGGAGGCAAGUCUCUGUCCAUGCGAAUUUUUUCAGACGCCAAUUGAGACAGGAGCCGGAGAGACACGAACGAGACACAGAAGCAACAGCUGCGAAUGAACACCUCUUUAUCGUUUAUUCAUCUGUUUCUACAUAGAUCAAUAGAGCUGCUUAUGGGAUGAUAGAAAACAAUCAAUCUGGCCAUACGAGCUGACGUGGCGCGUUUGCAAAUGCAGUUGUCAAACCACCGUGCUUUUUGGUUUCCUGACUCUUGAUUAAACAACUUCGAAGAGUUCAUGAGGCAAAUGUGCACUUGAAUUUGAUUGGCCGCCAUCCGUUCCAGACGAAGCGUCCUCUGUUUGUACCUGAUCAGCUAUAUUUCGGCUGCUGGGCGACAUUUCACGUAGAUCGGUUUCCUUCGACGUAACGCUUUCCACCCCCAGUAGAAGAUACAGUGGUUCUCACUUUUAAAGUUAGCCCACCAGUCCGCAAACGAGGUGCGUGUUCGCCGGCGAACGGCGUUCACGGUACGCGGGAUCCCUUCCGAAACGGCUAACCGGUAGGAUCCAAAAGGCUGCCUCGUUUCCAGGAGAAAAAGUUGAAGCUUUCAGCGGCGAACUGUCGUCGUCUCAGUAGCGAUGAGUUUUCCAGUUCCCUCUUUUGUGGUGAGGUUGUACCAACAAGAAGCUUUUCCCGAGUGUCCGGCCCGUGCUACGCAAGGCCGUCUGCCUGAUUGAUUGUCCCGACAUCACUGGAAUUAAGGGAUCGAGUCCCCACCAGUUUUUUUUCACUGUCGCAAGUUAUUGUAUAGCUGAACAAGUGUUUUUGCCACGAAAAACGGGGUAUUUAUCGCUGGUGAAAUAUACGCUGCUUGCUCCCUCGUGUCAAUUCUGCUCCGUGUAGAAACGUCGCAUCUCGACCGUUUCGCGCCGAAUCGUCUUGCGAUUUGCGGUCUGCCCCUCAUAUAGCAACUGUAUGUCGACUUUCUGGUACUCAUGAUGUGGGAUUGCUAGGAUUCCACGAACUGCAUAUAGCUGAUUCUGAGGCUUUACGUCGCUGCCGUGUCCCUUAUGACUUCAGUUGUUCCGGUUGACUUUAUACCGACAGGAGCCGUUGUCGUUUCAAUAUUUACUGACGCAGAUUUUGCUCAAUAUCCUAUCUUGAUUCCUCACCUUUGGUUAUUCCUGACAAGGAAGCUACUCUCUCUGUUGUUCAAGACAAUGGCGACGCUCACGAACCGCGGCAUCUUUGGGAGUGCAGUGGCGGCGGCACUGGGACAGGACGAUGUCGGUGAAAGCACACAGUCUUGCAAUUCUUUACGGAAUGAGAAGAGUGGCCGUUCCAAAGUUUCGCGCGGAGAUUUGCCGCCUCGCGUGUCAGUGUUUGAUCGAAUGGAAGGAGGCAGAGAAGCGAGGCAGUCUGCGCAGCUCGCGUCAACAUCUGGGUCGGUUCGACGGGUCAUUGAUUCUUCACGGAGAAGGCUUGUCGUGGACACUUGCACAGACGAAACCGACGACGCUUGGGAAACCGACGGUUUCGGUCCGGUGCGCCGCCGACAGACUGCCCUAAAUACAAGAAGUUUGCGCUCAAACCCCUUACGGACAGCCGCGGGAGCUUCUCGACCUAGUCGAUUUGGCCCCCAGGAUGUGGACUGGCCACGCCGCCAGCGGGAGACAGAGAAGGCCGGCUCGGCAGCACUGUCUGCUCGGGGAAAGGACGAGUGGACGCACGAUUUCUUCGACGGAGAUGUCACCAGCUGUCCAGGAUCUUCAGUAUUCAUUCGGGGACUUCCUGCUGGAGUUCGGGAAAGCGCCUUGCGGGACAAACUGGCUGUGUGUGGAACAGUUCUCGCUCUCAAGAUCGAUGGCGGGCGCUUGCCGACGGCCCUUGUCGCUUUUCUGGAGCGGAGCGCAGCCAGGAAAGCUGUACAAACGUUCCAUGGGACUCGCAUGCGCGGAUCAGGCGCCUACGGUGUCAGCGACGUGCUCAAAGUGGCAGAAGUGGAUAAAUCGAGACAGCCAGAGUCGGCACCUGUGGUAGAAGAGGUCGACGACACUUCCUACCUUGAUGGCUUCACAUCGACAUCUGUUCGGACGAAGGGUGUUCUGGGUCAGAUGCGGUCCGAGCCCUUUCUCCCGGGGACCGCUCCGCGGACGUCCAUUUUCGAGAGAUUAACGUAGAUUUUUACUUACGUUGCACUGCACUCCAAACACGGAUGUGUUCAUUUUUCUUAUUCAUGCAGUCUGUUUUUCAGUCUAUUUGUUGGAAAGGCAUUCUCCGUACGGGGCAGAGGCUACAGAACAACGUUAGGGAGACACGACGGCGCAGUGCAUUUGCUGGUUUCUCCACCUCACAGUAGCAGGGGACGAUCGGACUCUCGUGUCCAGGAAUUAUGCAAAUGUACUUUUUCUGCGCAGUUCAUAUGCGUUUAUCAUCUGAAAGAGUUGGAUGCUGGAGCUCACGAUUUUUUGCAACCUGUAUAUAGCUAUAUCUCUUCGAAACCCGGUGAGUCCUCUGUGUGGCUCGUCUGUACAGUAUGUCAGAGACACAGUGUCGAUGUUAUAGGGUAUCCAAAACCAACAUUCCGGCAAACCUCGACCGAAGCUGACGUGCUGUGUUGCUAGGUUCGAA